CUGCGAUAUUUCGAUAAUAAAACGAGCUGAAAUAUGUUUAACACCCAUUCUACGGUUCAUAUGGUGUGUUUCUAGUCAUAUUUGUUUGAAUACAGCUGACAAAAAGUUAAUAAAAUAGCGUUUUCAGUGAAGGUGGAGCAGUUGGAUGGUGUGCUAACUAACUUAGCAUUGGGCGUUUUGGUGGAAAGUAGAGAGAGCAGCUAACGUCUAAACUUUAAUAUUAAUAAAAAAUAAUGUUUUUAAAACAGAAACGCGGCGGUAUAGACGUGAUGUGCUGUUAUUUAUUAAUAAAAUGAAGUUAUAAAAUAUGUUAUGAAAAGUCAACAGGAAAUAUAUGACCAUAUUUGGGGACGUGGCUAGUAGUAGCCUGGUGGCUAAGGGCUAAGCUAACGUAGCUAACUAAUGCUAACGCUAUCAAGGCUAACUAUGCUAAAUGCGAUUUUUAUUGGUAAUAAAACGAGCUGAAAUAUGUUUAACACCCAUUCUACAGUUCAUAUAGUGUGUUUUUACUCAUAUUUGUUUGAAUACAACUGACAGAAAGUUAAUAAAAUAGUGUUUUCAGUGAAGGUGGAGCAGUUAAAUGUGUGCUAACUAACUUAGCAUUGGUAGUUUUGGUGGAAAGUAACUAGUUAGGUACAUUUAUACACAUAUUUUUUUACACUUAAACACUAUAUAUAUAUAUUAGUCUACAAAACACUACAUCUAUAUAGUAUGAUAGAGUAGUACUAGUACAUGUACAGUAGUACAUUUAAAAGAAAAAUAGUAUAUUUUAACUCCAGUUUAACUCUUUAGUAGGUUAAGAUAUGAUGCACUUUAGCAGUAUAUGAGGUGGUUUCAUGUUAAUGCAUCAAUAUAUGAAUAAUACAUAUACAGAGUACAGGUUUAGAAUACAUGCUUGCUCACAGUGCAGGUACAUCUGUAGAGAUGUCCAGCGUACACACAGUGUUAGUCUUUGCUCUGGUAGCAGCAGUCAGUGUCACACCUGUAUACGCCCUCGAGUCCUGCCAAAGUACUGACCGUGACUGCCACGGUCAUGACAAAAAAACGUCACCAGACGCCAUCAGAUCCAGGUGGAACGUGAAUGCUUCAAACCUCAUGCAGGAUCUGGACCAAUUCAGCGUGUCCUGCACGAAGCUUAUAGAUGCAUUCCCGUUAGACGAAGUCGAUGGAAACUUUGUUCGCACUGUGAAGAACUGCAUCUUCUCCAAAUCCAUCCCAACCCCGCUGAAAGGCCCGUUAAGACUGGCAGCAGUCUCCAAGGACGUCCUUGAGGGGAUCUUAAACGUAGACAUGGCUGUAACGCAGUCUGAGGAGUUCCUGCAUUACGCCAGUGGUGGCAAGCUGCUGCCAGGAUCUGUACCGCUUGCACACAGAUAUGGAGGUCAUCAGUUUGGCUACUGGGCAGGUCAGCUGGGCGAUGGUCGAGCACAUUCUCUGGGUCAGUAUACCGACAGGAACGGAGGAAUAUGGGAACUGCAGCUCAAAGGCUCUGGCAAAACACCUUAUUCGAGGUCAGGAGACGGCCGAGCUGUGAUCCGUUCUUCCGUCAGGGAGUUCCUGUGCAGUGAAGCCAUGCAUUUCCUGCAUGUUCCAACCAGCAGAGCUGCCAGUCUAAUCGUGAGUGACGAGCCGGUGAUGAGGGAUCAGUUCUACAAUGGCAACGUGAACACAGAGAGAGGAGCUGUUGUUCUCCGGUUAGCAAAGUCGUGGUUUCGGAUUGGCUCUUUGGAAAUUUUAUCUCAAAGUGGAGAGAUAGAUCUCCUGAGAAAGCUGUUAAACUUUGUGAUCGAUGAGCAUUUUUCUUCAAUCGGUUCAGAUGAUCCAGAUAAAUAUUUGGUGUUUUACUCCACAGUUGUAAAUGAAACAGCACACCUGAUUGCCCAGUGGAUGUCGGUUGGGUUUGCACAUGGCGUGUGCAACACGGACAACUUCAGUCUCCUCUCCAUCACCAUCGACUACGGACCGUUUGGCUUCAUGGAGUCGUAUAACCCCGAUUUCGUCCCCAACACGUCCGACGAUGAGGGCAGAUACAGCAUAGGAGCUCAGGCCAACGUCGGGCUGUUCAACCUGGAGAAGCUCCUGACGGCUCUCAGUCCCGUGCUCACUAAGAAACAGCAGAAAGAGGCUAACGUUAUUUUAAAAGGAUAUGUUCAUAUUUACCAGAUGAGGUUUCACCAGCUAUUUAAAGCUAAACUGGGGCUCCUCCGCGAUGAGGAGGACGAUGGCUACCUCAUCGCCUUCCUGCUUAAGAUGAUGGAGGACACACAGUCAGACUUCACCAUGACCUUCAGGCAGCUCGGUGAAGUUUCAGCGCAGCGGCUUCACAACGGGAACUUCACACAGAUGUGGGCUCUUGAAGACUUGUCCUCCCACCGGCUCUUCUCCGACUGGCUCAGCAUGUACCUGCUCCGGCUUGGCAGACAGCAGAAUGAUCACGACUUGGAUCGUCAACACAGGAUGAACAAUGUAAAUCCUCGAUAUGUGCUGAGGAACUGGAUGGCAGAGUCUGCUAUAAAGAAAGCAGAGAUGAAUGAUUUCUCUGAGGUGGAGCUGCUGCACCACAUCCUGUCCUCUCCCUUUGUUACACAAGAGACUGCAGAGGAGGCGGGCUAUGCAGCAAGACCUCCACUGUGGGCUAAGAGGUUAAAGGUCAGCUGUUCCUCAUGAGCGACUCCCGGAUUGAGCAAAAUACUAAAAAUGAAGACAGAUCACGACCGAGCUGAGCUCUUGUGGUUCAUGUUGGAAACUUUCGGUCAUGCUGGUGGAAUAUAUUUGGUCCAAAAUGUCAAGGUCACACCUGUUUAAUGUUAUUUUCUACUGAGAUUACCAACCAUGUGUGGAAACAGUGACCAACAAAGAUGAAAUACAGUUCUGAGAGCCACAAAAUAAUUAAACUGUGAUUGUAUUUCGACUGUUUGACAGCUACACACAUCUUGUAAUUGCAACUUGUAAACAAUAAAUACAAAGGUGCUACUGUGGAGGCUUGUCAGCGCGACAUUUCACCCAGUUCACAUACAGUAUACACACAUCAAAGCUUUAAAGUGGGAAAUAGGUCCAGUCCUUUUUACAUAGCUGACUUUACAGCAUUUCUGAGGCAUGAUAUUGAUUAUGAGAUGGUUUCCAGGAAGGUCGAUCCAUCGAGUAGGUUGUACUCUAUGACGGGAAGAAGAGUCGAUCAUUCAGUCCACACAUUCUGUAUGCCACCAAGAAUUGUGUAACUUUUAGGUCCAUUACCAAAAAUAAUAACAUAUAAUCACCU